AUGGUAUCGACUCGAAGAGGAGCCUGCACUUCGGGCCCAGAUGACCGUGAGGCGAUCAAGGAAAAGCCAGUCCGCAAGUACGUGUUGAGUAUAAAGACAGAGCAGAUUCAGGAGUGCUGACCUAGUGCACAGGGCGGCAGCGAAACCACAGACCGCUCCUGCGAAACCAAAGCCCACCCGUGCGAAGAAGAUCGAGCCAGAUCCAGCUGCAGAUGAGAUAGACGAGCUACAAGAGGAGGCGCCGGCGCCCACCGCGCGAAGCACACGAAGAGCUGGUACUACAACAACAACAAAAACAACUCAGGCCGCUCCAAAGGCGGCGGCCCCUAAGACAACAAACACCGCCACAACGCGUACUACGAAGGCGAAAACUGUUGCUGAGACACCGAAAACGGCGGCACAGAAAGCUAGGGAGGGCAAGGCAGCCGUAGCACCGGCACCGCGCGCCACACGAGCAACACGUGCCACGGAAGAUAAAGCGCCACCUCUGUCGCCUAAGAAAGUCACUCAAGUGUCCGUGAAAUCGUCUAGAACCAAUCAUGCGGCAUCUGGCACCGCUGAGACCAAGAAAGGUCCGCAAAAGACUGUCAAUCCUCGAGGAAGGCCGAGAGCGAAGAGAAACGUUUCCGACGAGAAUGCAGGCAUUCCGGACCUCAAACCAACGGAGGACGACGAUGACAAUAUCAGAGUUACGCAACCUCGAAAGCGGAGCAGGAGGCCGACUCCCGCCGCCUCCAAGCACCGCUCGCCAGCUUCUGGUGGGCCGUCAGCGCUGGAAGAAGCUAUUCUUCCAGAUGUGCACGACGUGCCGGAGAAGCGCGAGGAAACUACUCCAACCAAAGCAUCGGAUUCUGAACCCGAGGACGAGUCAAGAGAGGCAUCAGGAGAUGAGCUCAUGGGUGCCAAAACACCGAUGAAGCGUAACAGUCCCGAGAAGAGCGCAUGCCACGCGUCGACACUGAAGAGCGCCAAAGCUAUGGAUCAGGACGUCCCUAUGAAAACGCCAGUGAGGCGAUUUGCGAUUCUCGGAACGCAGAGAGGUACCCCACAGACCCAGAAGCCCUACUGCAAGCCCACCAUACCAAUGUCAGAGGUCCGACCCAUGACCGUGUCUCGAGCCCGUGAGCAGGCCAUGGUCUUCCCCAAGCUGCAGCCAUUCACUAUCGUCAAAAGUGGCAAGAACGCUGUUGACUCGCUGGCUGGUAAUGUGGUGCCUGAUUCUGGGAUGCAUGAAGAGCCGGCGCCUGUCGAAUCUUCCCCAGCUCAUGAGAGCGACAUAGUCGCUAAUGAAGAUGCUUCGCUGGAGGACAUCGAUCCCGAAGAGACGAUUGUGAUUGAAGAGGUAGAGAAGAGCGAAAGCCCAUCGGAAGCUGACAACAGCGUUGAAACGGCUCCUAAAACGCCAAAGCCCGAGACAGUGGUGUGGGAGAAUGUCACCAUUCCAUUCGACUUCGAAGCCACUCCUCUCCGGUUGCCAGAAACGAUUCCAUCUGGCACACCUGCUAUCGAAUCCGGGCCACGAGAAUCUAUGGACGCCUCCGUACAUCUCAGCGAAUUCAUCGACGUCAACUCGCUAUCGGAGGAACCGAAAGAAGAUGACGCCGAGGAAGAUUCUCACGCAUCUCAACAUGAAGGAGCUGCUCCAUACCCUUCGCGAGACUCUCAUUCCCCUGAGACGACCUUGCCGGUUGAGGGUGUUUUCGAGGAGGCCGAGGAGCCGGAAGAUGAUGGCACCAAAGCAGAUUCCCAUUCAUCCCAGCUUCAGAAAGCAGUUCCAUGCCCUGCGCAAGACUCGCAUCCUUCCGAGACGACCUUGUCCGCUGAGGAUAUUGUCGAGGAAGUCGGCACACCACGUUAUGCUCGGCCCACGAUUGCAUCUCGACGUAAAUCUCUGCCAGCACCUGUAGAUCGUGUUGCUCUUAACGGAGAAUAUAGACGGAAGACCGAAGGCAUGAGUCUCAUUGCUUCGCAGGGAAUGCAAACACCUGAGAAGAAGAGAUUGUUCCUGUCGACUCCGGUCUCAAAGCAAGCUAGCACGCCAAGCACAAGCGGUCCAUCACCACAAUGCAAGACGCCGGCAACGAGUGCGCCAGAAGUGAAAGACCAUCACGCCGAGAUAUCCGAGAUAAUGACGCCCAGUGCGGCACCGCCGGCGACGAAAGAGCGAUUUCCAGGUCUGCCUUCACGGGGAACCUAUGAGGAUCACUCUGUUCCCUCGGACGUUGAGAUGGAAGAGGAAUACGAGACAAUUCAGCCUGUCGAGGAGCGCUUUCCCGGCCUGCCCUCUCGAGAGACAUACGAAGAACUUCCUAUUACCUUGGAUGAGUCCAUCCCGACGAAGGAAGAACAAGGACCAUCAACGCCGCAGCAACCUGCCGAGGACCGCUUCCCUGGUCUACCCUCUCGUCAGACAUAUGAAGAGCUCUCGAAUGUCGUAGAUGGUGAUGCGCACGCGGAGUCGAAGGAACUACCAGCAACGCCCCUACAGACUGAGCGCUACCCAGGGCUACCGUCAAAGAGGACUUACGAGGAGCACGCAAAUACAGCAAUGCCGCAGACACGCUUCAGAACACCCCCUCAACUUUCGGCCGCAAAGCGACCAGCAACGGCGCAGAAGCCUGCCUCUUUGCGCAAGGUAGCACUGAAGGCUUCGACGCCCUUGAAAUCGCAGACACCGCUGAAGCCCGUGAUGACACCCGGCAUGGAACCCAUGACACCUCACCCAGCGGCGCCGUUGCGCGGAGUCGUAGCUCUAGUCGAGGUCUUCACUAGUGAUGGCGGAAACGCCACGCCCGCUUUCACGGUCUUGUUACAGCGAUUGGGAGCCAGGACGACCAAGAACUUCAGCGAGCGUGUGACACAUGUCGUAUUCAAGGAAGGAUCGCCGACCACCCUGCAACGGCUCCGUCUGCACAACAAGCAGGUCGCCGAGACGGGCAUGGGAACCGAGAUAUUCUGCGUGAACAGUCGCUGGGUGAAUGACUGCGAGAGCGAGGGCCAGAGGAUGGACGAGCACGACGAGGAAUACGCCGUGGACAUUGAAGAGGUGCCGCGGGCCGGCAAGCGUCGCAGAAAGAGUAUGGAACCGUCGACUCUGCUGAAUGUCGGCGGAAACGUCGUUCGAGAUCAUCGUAGGGGUAGCCUUGGCCGGCCCUCUCUGCUGGGACGGACGCCCCUGAAGUUGGACUCCCCUCCACCAGAGGCGCAGAUUUCCACUCCGGUCGCCGAUGAGCACGACAAGGAAAAUCUCGGCGGCGGCGGCGACGGCGACGGCGAGGAUUCCCCCGCCACGCCGGCGUACCUGGCCGCUCCGGAUUCGUUGAUACAGCAGACGGCGCCCAUGAAUCGGGUGAAGAAGCUGGACUGGAAAGGUGGCGACGUGAAGAAGAAUCGCAGACUCACUUAUUGGGAUGGAGGUGCUUUUUGA